AUGCCAAAGAAACAUCAGUCACUAAGAGAGCUUCUGAUAUCCUUGUUUAGUGGCCGAGAUUCCACCCGUUCUUUGCCACACGACUCUGACUCUUACCGGCUAUGCCGCGAACCACAAAAACAUUCGGAGCGGCCAUCGGAAGAAGAGGAUGAAAAAGUUGAGAAGAUCGCAAAAGCUGUACGCACCAUUCUUGAAUGCGUGGGGGAAGAUCCGGGGAGAGAAGGCCUACGUGCGACUCCAGAGAGAUAUGCCAAAGCUAUGCUAUACUUUACCAAAGGAUAUUCUGAGAAUAUUUUCGACCGGGCCAACGGAGCCAUUUUCCAUGAAGACUACAAGGGUCUCAUUGUUAUGCAUAUUGGGUACAUCCCUGAUGGCCGCAUCCUGGGUCUCUCGAAAAUGGCACAUCUGGCUGAGGUGUUCUCUCGGAGGCUCCAGGUUCAAGAACGCCUUACCGAACAGGUUGCCAUAGCUGUCUUCAACGUGCUUAAACCCCAGGGUGUUGGGGUAGUCAUGGAGUCCUCCCACUUAUGCAUGAUCAUGCGUGGUGUUCAGAAGGUCAGAAGCACUACGACGACCAGUUACAUGGUUGGAAGCAUGCAGUCGAACCCGAAGGCUAGGGAAGAGUUCUUGACGCUCCUUCAUCUAAGGUAA